AUGAGAGAUCUUGUCUUCAUCAAGGCCAACUCCCAACUUGAACAAAAGAGAAUGAACAAAGACAGGGAUCCACUUGUGGACAGAACACAUGCAGAUGUUGUGGAAGAUGAAGAUAACGAGUGGAUCACAGGAAUUGUGCCGGUUCCAGUUGUGGAUACUGCAGAUGAACCUGAAGAAGAACCAAUACCACAACCAAGAGCAAGAGCUGCUGCAUCAAAAAGAAAUAAAGCUCGUCAGCCUAGGAAGAAGUUGCUCCCAGUUUUUCGUGAUGAUGAGCUGCAAUCUGUGGGUUCUUCUUCUGAUUCGGAUGAUGAUGCCAUGGCAGCAAGUUCAUCUGAUUCUGAUUGA